UUCAUUGAUAAGAAUCAAGCUAAGUGUUCAUAAAAAUAAAAGAUUUAUUUCUCAUAAAAAAAAAUGGCGAGUUAUAAUUUUCUUUCACAAGUUCAUCUUAUAGUAAUAACAAUAUUAAUCAUCAUUACUCUUUUAACUCCGAUCACAACCAACACAUCACCACAACCAUGGAAUAUCCUUUCUCGCAACAACUUCGCCGGAAAGCUAACCACCGCCUCCUCCUCCGUCGAAUCAGCCGCCACAGAUUUCGGCCACGUCACCAAAAUCUUCCCUUCCGCCGUCUUAAACCCUUCGUCCGUUGAAGACAUCACAGAUCUCAUAAAACUCUCUUAUGACUCUCAAUCUUCUUUUCCUUUAGCUGCUCGUGGUCACGGACACAGCCACCGUGGUCAAGCCUCGGCUAAAGACGGAGUUGUGGUCAACAUGCGGUCCAUGGUAAACCGGGAUCGAGGCAUCAAGGUGUCUAGGACCGGUUUAUACGUUGACGUGGACGCUGCGUGGCUAUGGAUUGAGGUGUUGAAUAAAACGUUGGAGUUAGGGUUAACGCCGGUUUCUUGGACGGAUUAUUUGUAUUUAACGGUCGGUGGGACGUUAUCUAACGGCGGAAUUAGUGGACAAACGUUUCGGUACGGUCCACAGAUCACUAAUGUUCUAGAGAUGGAUGUUAUUACUGGAAAAGGAGAGACUGCAACUUGUUCCAAAGACAUGAACUCGGAUCUUUUCUUCGCCGUGUUAGGAGGUUUGGGUCAAUUCGGAAUUAUUACAAGAGCCAGAAUUAAACUCGAAGUAGCUCCAAAAAGGGCCAAGUGGUUAAGGUUUCUUUACAUAGAUUUCUCCGAAUUCACAAGAGAUCAAGAGCGAUUGAUAUCGAAAACGGACGGUGUAGAUUUCUUGGAAGGUUCCGUAAUGGUGGACCAUGGUCCACCGGAUAACUGGAGAUCCACGUAUUAUCCACCGUCCGAUCACCUGAGGAUUGCCUCAAUGGUCAACCGGCAUCGUGUCAUCUACUGCCUUGAAGUCGUCAAGUAUUACGACGAAACUUCUCAAUACACAGUCAACGAGGAAAUGGAGGAGUUAAGCGAGAGUUUGAACUAUGUAAGAGGGUUUAUGUACGAGAAAGAUGUGACGUAUAUGGAUUUCUUAAACCGUGUUCGAACCGGAGAGCUAAACCUGAAAUCUAAAGGCCAAUGGGAUGUUCCACAUCCAUGGCUUAAUCUCUUCGUACCCAAAUCUCAAAUCUCCAAAUUUGAUGAUGGUGUUUUCAAGGGUAUUAUCCUAAGAAAUAACAUCACUACCGGUCCCGUUCUUGUUUAUCCUAUGAAUCGCAACAAGUGGAAUGAUCGAAUGUCUGCCGCUAUACCCGAGGAAGAUGUAUUUUAUGCGGUAGGAUUUUUAAGAUCUGCGGGUUUUGACAAUUGGGAGGCUUAUGAACAAGAAAAUAUGGAAAUAUUAAAGUUUUGUGAGGAUGGUAAUAUGGGGGUUAUACAAUAUCUUCCUUAUCAUUCAUCACAAGAAGGAUGGGUUAGACAUUUUGGUCCGAGGUGGGAUAUUUUCGUAGAGAGAAAAUACAAAUAUGAUCCCAAAAUGAUAUUAUCACCGGGACAAAAUAUAUUUCAAUAAUUAAACUCGAGUUAGAAUCCUAUUGUUGUUGGUCGUUCUCAUCAGUCAUCACUUUGUAAAUAUUUCAUUUCUUUGUUAUAUCGAUUUUUGACAGAAAUAUAAUAGUAGUGUGCAAAACAUAUACCACAGUUUCCACGUGAAUAAAUUCAAAAACUUAAC